UGGCGCUCGUAGCCAACUGUCACUUUUUCGAGUGUUGUGAAGAUUCAGGAUAUGUCAAUCUUUUUUGUUUACAAUUGCGGGGGUACCUGUCAGCUUACCAUUGGCUAAAAACAAGGAAAUUCUCCAAUACCAUCGUCCUAUCAAGGAAUCCCCCGUCUAAAACAACAUAUUUUAUAGAAACAAGAACGCAUCAGUUCACCUCCAGAUUGUACUUUCACCGCGAAGAAGCAAGUAAAAUAAGCGUUCUAGAAACGAUAACAAAACGAAAUAGCGACAUUUUUUUGCUAAUGGAAGACUGAACAAAAGACAAGCCAUAAAAAGAUGUACAAGAUGGGUUUGCUUUCUUCAAUUUUACUCCUAAUAAUCAUACAAAUUUGUGUUGCACCACCUGUGACACAAAAAAAAGAAGAUGAGGCAGACAUUACAGGUCUGGAAGAUUACAUGGAAUACCAUAGGUAUUUGAAAGAGGUGGUAAAUGCCUUGGAAUCGGAUCCAGACUUCAGGAAAAAACUGGAAAAAGCAGAUGAACAUGAAAUUAAAUCUGGUAAGAUAGCAGAGGAACUUGAAUUUGUGUCUCAUCAUGUAAGGACACGUUUAGAUGAAAUAAAACGUGUUGAGAUGGAAAGGUUGAAGCAACUCGUGGAGCAGAAAAAGAAACUUGAAGAUCCUAAUAACUCAGUUGAUGAAGAUCCUCUGCAUAACCACUUGGAUCACUCCAAUCCUCACACAUUUGAAAUUGAAGAUUUGAAGAAACUCAUAGCCAAAACAACAGAAGACUUAGCAGAAGCUGAUAAACUGCGUAAAGAAGAAUUCAAGCACUACGAGUUAGAAAAGGAAUAUAAGAAAAUGGAAAAACUAAAUCACACUAAUGGUGAGGAAAGGGAGAAAUUAGAAAAACAGAUGAAAGAAAUGGAAGAGAAACAUAAGAAACAUGAAAGACUGCAUGAGCCUGGACACAAGGCUCAGCUCGAGGAAGUUUGGGAAUCACAGGACCAAAUGCAGCAAGAUUUUGAUCCAAAGACUUUCUUCCUGCUCCAUGAUAUUGAUGGUAAUGGAUUAUGGGAUCAAGAAGAAGUUAAAGCACUGUUUAUCAAAGAGUUAGAUAAGAUGUAUCAGGAAGGAGCCCCAGAAGAUGACAUGAGGGAAAGGUAUGAAGAGAUGGAGCGAAUGAGAGAAAGUGUCUACAAGGAUAUGGAUAGAAACAGGGAUGGUUUUAUAGAUUUUGAUGAAUUCAUUUAUCAAACAAAAACAAAUGAGUUCAAUCAAGACCAUGGAUGGCAGGCUCUUGAUGAACAGAAACCAUAUACUGAUGAAGAGCUGGCUGAGUAUAUUAAGCAACAUCAAGCUAAUAACAAUUACCCACAACAUCCUGGAUAUCAGCAAGUUCUUCCAUCAGUUGAUGGUUUCCCAGUACUACCUGGUAAUGGAGUACCACAUGGUGCAGCACCUCAUCCUCAAGCUGGAGGAGGAUUCCAGCAAGUACCUCCAGCAGGAUAUCAGCAAGUUCCACAAGGAUAUCACCAACAAGCACCACUGCAGGGCUACCAACAGGUACCACCUCAAGGAUAUCAGCAGGUUCCUCCACAAGGAUAUCAGCAGGUUCCUCCACAAGGGUACCAACAGGUUCCUCAACAGGGAUAUCAUCAGGCUCCUCCUCAAGGAAAUCAGCAGGUACCACCUCAAGGCCAACCACAGAUGCCACCACAAACCCAAAACCAGAUACCACAGCAGCAGCAACAAAAUUCUCAAAUUCACAACGUGAAUCCCAAUGAGAUAAAUGCACAGCAAGCAGUUUAUCCCAAUCAGGCAGCGCAGGCGCAACAACAACAAGCAAAUCAACAGCCGAACUUGAAUCCUCCUCAAGGUCAACACCCAAAUCAGGCUCACCAACAGGUGCCAGUUAAUCCUGCUGUCAACAGGGUUUAAUUCCUAUAUACAUUUAAAGUGAUUUUCAUAUUGUACAUAAUAUGAGAUGAAAUAUCUCAACUUUGAUUUUAAAAUUGUGAUUGUUACUAUAGAAAAAAUUACAUACUUUUGUUAGUUGAUUUUAUAUUUGCAAAUAUAUUGAUUACUUUUUACAAAAUCUUUGACCGUUAUGUUAUUUAGAUAUUACUAAAUGGACUUCUACUGCAUUUAAAUAUAGGUAUAUUUACGUCCAA